UGGUUGUACAACAAAAGAUCACGUGAGCUCGCUCGUUGUACGUGACGUCAUUCGACAGCGACACCCCGAGUGAACCGCAAUAGCCGAGUUGUCCGUAUUUGAUUCAGGAUGACCAGUGAUUCUGAUCCUCAGAGGUAUGAAAAUAUGUUCGCUCACCGCUUCACGGCAGAUGACAAAGAAUAUCAGGAUUACCUGAAAAAGCCUGAAUCGGUGCCGCCAAUUGUUGAGGAUUAUAAAUUCGGCAACCAAAGAUCUCAUGAUAGGUACAGAGAUAACAGACACCGGAGAGGAUGGGAAAGACAACGUGACUGGUCCAACAAUAGUUAUAAUCAGCCACGAGGAGGCAGAGGGUGGGGUAACAGCUACAAUCACCAAGAAGGUCACUACGGAUAUAACCCCAGCAACCAAAGGUUUCACUCUGAUCGAUACUAGUAGAAAUAAUCGGACUUUUUUUUUCUGCUUUCAAUUCUGAUUUUUUGGGGGGGGUUGUUAAAAUACCCUUACUGCACAUAAUUCAAAUCUGCAGGUUAAAAUCAGAACAUGAGGUUUCAUUUUGUAAUACAUCUAAAACUUUUAUUUUUCUCUCACUUGUUGACCCAUCAGAAAGCUUAACCCAGACCAACUGGGGAACAGCUACCAAUUGUUUGUUGUAAAUGAUUAAAAUGAGUUUUCAAAAAAAAAACAAAA